GUGGUUUGCCGUAUAUUCGCCUCCCACCAGCGUUUUCCUGUACAAACACAUGUGGAUUCCCACUGACUCCAUCAGAAACAACAAUAACAUGGCCAGCCACGGGCUCGAUUACGAUGGUUGCAAUUUCUUCAGACAGCGGCUAGUUUUAUCCACACUCAGUGGAAAGCGUGUUAGAAUAAAAAACAUAAGGUCCAAAGACGACAACCCGGGGCUCCGCGAUUUCGAGGCCAGCUUUAUCAGACUGCUAGACAAAGUGACCAAUGGCUCCAGAAUAGAAAUUAACCAGACAGGUACUGUGUUAUUCUACCAGCCUGGCUUGUUGUACGGGGGCUCUGUAGAACAUGAAUGUAACACUCAGCGCUCGAUCGGCUACUAUCUGGAGGCUCUGCUCAUGCUGGCUCCAUUCAUGAAGACCUCUCUGAAGGCCACGCUUAAAGGGGUCACCAACGACCACAUUGACCCGACGGUGGAUGUGCUGAAGUCCACAGCCCUCCCUCUGAUGAAGCAGUUUGGCAUUGAUGGAGAGGGCUUUGAUCUCAAGGUGGUGAAGAGGGGUAUGGCGCCUGGCGGGGGAGGAGAGGUCGUUUUCAUAUGUCCAACCCGCAGGACGAUGAGGCCGGUGCAGCUGACCGACCCGGGGAAGAUCAAGAGGAUCAGGGGAGUGGCAUAUUCAGUGAGAGUUUCUCCUCAGAUGGCCAACAGGUUAGUGGACACAGCCAGGGGCGUCCUAAACAAGUUCAUUCCUGACAUCUACAUCUACACCGACCACAUGAAGGGAGCCAACUCUGGAAAAUCUCCAGGUUUUGGUCUGACCCUGGUGGCAGAGACGAUGAACGGCUCCUUCCUCAGCGCUGAGAUGUCGUCCACGCCGCAGGGGCAGGGAGACCCCAUGCUUCCAGAGGACCUCGGCAAGAACUGUGCCCAGAUGCUUUUGGAGGAGGUGUAUCGGGGUGGCUGUGUGGACUCCUCCAAUCAAAGCCUGGCGCUGCUCCUGAUGACCCUUGGCCAACAGGACGUGUCGAAGGUUCUGCUCGGACCCCUCUCCCCACACACGAUCGAGUUCCUCAGACACAUUAGAGAUUUCUUCCAGAUCAUGUUCAAGAUCCAGGUUCAGAAGCCUUCAGAAGACGAAAGGAAAGGAGGGGACAAGGUCCUGAUGACCUGUGUAGGAGUCGGUUACAGCAACAUUAACAAAACCCUCAAAUAAAAUCUGUUUUUUUUAUAUAUAAA